UCAGGGACACAUUCUAAUUUUGACUCGAUUAUAGUUAUUCAACCAUUAAUGAAUUUACUUUGCAGAUAUGAUUCCGUUUUUUCUUUAAAAUAAAGACAUGUAGUUGCUGAUAGUAUUUCCACCAUGACGUUCUGCAACGGUAGACCUGUUAUUUGACUAUUAUAACAGUUGUAAUAGUUGAAUGUUGUAGAGUAAUAAUAAGCAGCAGCGCUGGUGGGCGGAGCUUCACCGUGUAAAUAGUGGCGCGUCACGUGACAGCGCGGGUAUAUCAGGGGGGGCCGCGAGCGCGAGGCAGCACAGCAGAGAGCGUCCAGCGGAGCGGCUCCGGGGGGGUGGUGGUCUUCUUCUUUUCUUUUCUUCUUGCAACCAAGACGACUCCGUAGGCCAUAAAAGCGUAGCUUUCCGACUUCAGCUACAGUGAUAGCUAAGUUUGGAAGGGAGAAGAACCGAGAGACGCCGCGUCCUUUGUUGUUUGGGUCGACAGCGACAGACCGACAGAAGGUGCGGAAUUACGGGUCAUCACAAAAGACCAUCUAGCAGAUACAGAAGGAGCAACAGCAAGAGCUUCAUGAUGGAAAACUCCACACCCAAGAAGAGCUGCUGGGAGUCUGUCCGGGACUUCUUCACUUCAGCUAAAUUCCUUAUUUACAUGGGCCAUGCUCUGUCAACAUGGGGGGACCGCAUGUGGAACUUCGCCGUGGCCGUGUUCCUGGUGGAGCUGUACGGGAACAGCCUGCUUCUCACGGCCGUGUACGGCCUGGUGGUGGCCGGCUCCGUGCUGCUGCUGGGGGCCAUCAUUGGGGACUGGGUGGACAAGAAUCCCAGGCUCAAAGUGGCCCAGACUUCGCUGCUGGUCCAGAACAGUUGCGUCAUCGUGUGUGGGAUCCUACUGAUGGUUGUUUUCAACUUCAAGGAGCAGCUAGCUGAGCUGUACAAUGGAUGGGUUCUGACCACCUGCUACAUUCUGGUGAUCAGCAUCGCCAACAUGGCCAACCUCGCCAGCACGGCCACGUCCAUCACCAUCCAGAGGGACUGGGUGGUGGUUGUUGCAGGUCAGGACAGCAGCAAGUUGGCAGACAUGAACGCCACGGUGCGUAUCAUCGACCAGCUGACCAACAUCCUGGCGCCCAUGCUGGUGGGCCAGAUCAUGUCCUUCGGCUCCCAUUUCAUCGGCUGCGGCUUCAUCUCGGGCUGGAACCUGUGCUCCAUGUGUGUGGAGUACGCUCUGCUGUGGAAGGUCUACCAGAAGACGCCGGCCUUGGCCUCCAAAGCCGGCCAGAAGGAGCAGCAGCAGCAGGAGCUCCGGCAGCUCAGCCCGUCCAAAGACUCGGAGAGCGGCCUGAGCCCCGAGGAGUCCUCUCAGCCGCUGAUGAACGACACCUCGGCCAAACCCGCCUCCCCGGAGCAGCGGGGCUGCUGCUACCAGAUGGCCGAACCCCUGCGCACCCUGCGGGCCGGCUGGGUGGCCUACUACAACCAGAACAUCUUCUUCGCCGGGAUGUCGCUGGCGUUCCUCUACAUGACCGUGCUGGGCUUCGACUGCAUCACCACCGGCUUCGCCUACACGCAGGGCCUCAACGGCUCCGUGCUCAGCCUGCUGAUGGGGGCCUCGGCCGUGGCGGGCAUCUGCGGCACCGUCGCCUUCACCUGGGUUCGCAAGAAGUGCGGCCUGAUCCGCACGGGCUUCAUCUCGGGCACGGCCCAGCUGGCCUGCCUGGUGCUGUGCGUGGUCUCCGUCUUCGCCCCCGGGAGCCCCUUCGACCUCAGCGUCUCGCCCUUCCAGGACGUCUACGCGCACCUGAUCGGCGAGAAGAUGCUGCCCGAGGCCGAGCACGGCCUCGCCAACGGCCUCGGCGCUCUGAACGCCACGGCGGCGGCUCCGGCCGAAGAGGUGGCGCCGCUGCAGUCCUACAUGUCCGUCAGUCUGCUGUUUGCUGGCGUGAUCGCUGCUCGAGUUGGCCUGUGGUCCUUUGACCUGACGGUCACCCAGCUCAUCCAGGAGAACGUCAUCGAGUCAGAGCGAGGUGUGAUCAACGGCGUCCAGAACUCCAUGAAUUACCUCUUGGACCUGCUGCACUUCAUCAUGGUGAUUCUGGCUCCCAACCCUGAGGCCUUCGGCCUUCUGGUCAUCAUCUCUGUGUCUUUCGUGGCCAUGGGCCACAUGAUGUACUUUGGAUUCGCCUUCAAGAGCCUGGGCACUCGCCUGUUCCUGUGCUGCUCGCCGGAGCAGAAGGUGGAGACGGAGGACAGCGUCUCCCCCCCCACCACCGUCUAACCCCAUUGAAGAGAAUCCGUCCCCGGUACAUAGUUCUCAUACCCGACCCCCGCCUCUGAUCUAACACCCUGUAGCUGGCAGAAUGCUAGUGCUAAACCACAAAAGGCUAACGCAACGUGCUAUGCAUAAAGUAGCAUUCAUCCCAAGCUGCAGCUUCUUCUAACUCUGCUUCUUUUCUUUUUUCCUCGAGUCUGUUUAGAGGCGAUAAUCUGAAGCAACACAUGUACUGUCAAACUGAUCCAUCCCCUCCAGGCUUCUGACCCCCCCGCCCCCCCUCUCUUGCUGCAGAGUUUGAACAUCUCAGUAGUGGUGCUUCAGGUAACCAAAGGGGUGGAAUGAGGGAGAGGUUCUGCAGUAAUACUGUCUCAGACCCAAAGGACAGCUCCUCCUGACGCUGGUGCUGUAGUUGAUGAGGGGAGGGGCGCAUUUAUUCAACCCAACACAACUAUGGGCCUAGUCUCUCUAAUACAUAGAUGUAGGGGUUCAGUGUCUCAUCAGUGUUCCAUAAGACAGAAAUGAGAAAUCCUAUGCAGCCGUGUCAAUAUCUCAGUUACCAAAGUCCAUAAGUGGCAUGAAGGAAGUAAGGGAAACCAGAUAUCCGUCUGAAGCAUUCCAAAUCUAUGUUUUACAUCCGUUCACAGUACUUUACCUUCUUUAUGUCUCACCCACUCUGCGAUUGUACUUCAAUUUGUUUUCUAAACGUCCUUUUGUCACCUUUUGAUUUUCUGUUUGAUUGUUGUUACUCUGGCACUUUAAGUGAUUGAUGUCCGUCAUACAGCUAACACGUGAUCAGGCAUUUGAUCAAUACUUUUGCACAAGCAAGUCCUGGCUCUCCCACUAACCCCUGCACGACCUUUUGUUCAAUCACUUAUUGUCAGUCUGAAAAUGUGUACGGAUUGUGCCUAAAAAAGGCACAUAGCAAAACACUUCAAACUGGACCUGGACGGGUCGGUUCUGGUUGUUCUUGGACAUUUUACUGAAGCCUUUGGCUUCACGGUGAUACUCAGUAGCAUCUCAGAGGGUUUAAUGCAUGCUUUUUGUCCUGUGAAGUCUUGUAAGUUGAAGUGUUUUAGACAGUUUGUAAAAUAACUGAACAAUGAAAGCUUUGUGAAAGGACCACCAUGAACCAUUGGUCAGAGCAACCACUAAAGUAACUCCUGAAGCUGUAAGUAGCUGCCAUCGGUUCCGGUGCCUUAUUGUGCGGUCGUCAGACGUCGAGCCGGGAGGAAACGAACAGGAGGCCACUUUUCAGCUCCCAUGCUGACUCAGGGUCUGUGCAGGUGGGCGUGAGGCUUAGUUUCCAUGUUCCACCAUUAGAGGAACAUGGAAACCAAAGCAGCUCAGUCUGCUGCUUCAGCAAAAUCUCACAUUGCCAUAACUCGACAUUUGUAAUGUAAAGACCAGUCAGGUUCAACCCACGAGUGGAAAAUGCAACAACAAAAAAGAAUUAUACAUUUUGUGUGUCCUUUUCAUGCUGUAGGUGUGGAAAUGCUGACCCUUUUUACCUUUUCUACUUGUUUUUAUACACUUAGUGUUGAGAUUGUGUUAAAUUGCCAUAUCUUUCUAAAGAUUUUGGAAGUUUGUAUAUAAAGCAAUUAGAUCAUUUAAUGUCUGUAUCAUACUGCUUUAAUCUGACAAUAUAUUUCUCUCUGUAUAUAUAUAUAUAUAUAAAGUUAUUGGUGUUAUUGUAAUUGACAAGCAUUAAAUCAUAAACAAAUCAUUGACAUUUAAUGAUUGCACUCCACAGUACUCCUUGUAUUGCAUGUUUUAAAUAAAGAAAACAUUUGAUUGUC